UCUAGUAAAAAUAAUACGUGGUAUAUAUAAUCUAAGUAUCUCGUCACCUAGGCAAUGAAUAAACAGGAAUAAUAAUCGAUCUAGUUAACCAUUGUUGAAUUAUCACCCUCAGUUUCUAAAAACGAUUUCUCUUUUGCUAAAAUAGUAAAAAUACUUAUCCAACGUCAUGUCCGAUUUGGCUAGAGAUUUAUUAACCCAAUAUUACGGACUCGGCGUAGAAUCGAAUAGCAAAAGGUGUUUGUCGAUUAAUCGUUGUAUCCAAAAUAUAAAGAACGAAGAGAAGAAACAAGUUACUGAACAAACCUCCUUAACCAUCAAGGAAGAAAAUGUGUCUGAUGUAGAGUCUCAGAAAGACGAAGAUGAAAAUCGGAAACUAAGUAUUGCGAACGAAUUGUACGCACGAUCUUCGCGAGUUCUAAACAGCAUGGAAGAUGCAUACAAUGAUGAUGAAGCUUUCGAUUUGAAAGAUAUCGAUUUUGGGCCGAAUAUUAUGUGCAAUAUUUUCGAAAAUGUGCUACAUGAGCAAUCAGCAAACGACAACCCUUCGGAUUGUAUUGAACAGAAUAUCGAAGGUCUAGGAACAAUAAUAAACAAAGUAAAGGAUACAAAGAAAAAUGAUUUAAGCUUAGCAUUCAUCGAUCCGGAUAAUGCUUCAGAAGCUUCUUCCGCAACAGUGAAAGAAUCACGAAAAUCUUCAAAGAGUACUAUAAGUUUACCACCAUUAGCGCUAAAAAAGGAACCCGUAUACGAUGAAAUAUUCGUAGACUUUUCCAAUAUGGACUUGAAACAAUUUCCCACGGAAAUAUUGAACAACUUUCCGCAUUUAAGGAUGUUGUAUUUGUCGAACAACGGUUUGAUCGAAAUUCCUGACGAAGUUUUCAGUUGUUUAAUGUACUUGGAGUGGUUAGAUGUCAGAAAUAAUCAACUCUCUUCUUUCCCAGCUAGUAUCAAAGGGCACAUGUGCUUAGAAACGAUUCUACUUCAAGGAAACAGAGUGGAAAAUCUACCGUUGGAACUUUGCACCUUGCCCAAUUUGAAGACCCUUCAAGUGACACAGAACCCGCUUGUCACGCCGCCGAAAGAUAUCGUGGCUUCUGGUUGCGUGGCUAUUUUGAAAUUUUUACGAAUGGAAUGGAAUAAUGCGCAUCCUGAGGAACGGGUAGAAACCAAGGAAAACAAAAUCGGACCAACGUUGUCGACGAUUCUAUGUUAUCAAUCUCCACGAAAAAAUAAGAAGAAAAUUAUACCAUUGAAGAACACUAUUUCUAACAGGAAUGUAUCUACAAGGGAAAAACGUAAAUCGUAUAAGCCCAGUAACAGGUAUUAUCAUGAAAAACCAAUAUUUCUGGAUAAUAAUAAUUCUUUACAAAAAAUAUCUAAAUCUUUCUAUGAUUUCUACUUGCAAAGAGUAACCAAUUCCAAGAUCGAUAAAAAAUUAGAAUAUAAAUAUGUUUUGGAAAGUAUAAACGGUUUUAACAAUAAGGAAAUCGAUGAUGAAAUCGAUAAAAUGAAUAAUAAAGUCUUACAUUUGAUGGGCCCAUCUCCGAGAUCUCUUUAUGUCCGAAAGAAUAUAAAAUUUUUGAAAACUUACUCUAAUUCAAUGGAAAAAGAAUGUAGAAGUAUUAAUAAAAUUAAAACAGCUAUAUCGGAAAAUAAUACAUUGUUAGGAAACAGUAAGAGAUAUAAAGAUUCUACAGAAAAUUUUGAACGUAUUUUUCAUAUUGUUACAAACGAUGGAAAUAAAUUUAAAUUAAAUCCAAUGAGAUUAAACGAUCCAAACUGGAUACUGUCAUGUUUAGAAAAUUAUAUAGGAAUAAAUAAAUAGUUGAAUUAUUUACAUAGUACAGAAACAAGUAGUUAAAGUAUUUAUGUACGUAAAUAAAUGAAGAAUAAAAAUUUGUUCCACUUAAAAACAGAAGCUUUUGGAUUAUAAAAUGUAUAAAAAAUUAAGUACUAAAAUUGAAUAUAUACAUUUCAUCCCAAAAUAUGUUUAAAAUUAAUUAAUACCCUGUUAUCCUUUAGUAAGAAUUUUCAAUAAACUGAUGAUUUCUGUAGCUAUAUAUGUAUGCACAUAUAUAUGUUAUAUUGAAACGAUAAAAAGUCUAAAUUUUAUUAACUUCUACUUUACAAUUAAUUGCCAUUAAUUCUUGAACGUAGAUGUGAAAAUAAAGGUGCAAACAUUGCAGUGGAACAUCGUUUGUUAUGGUUCUCCAAGCUAAGAGAAUUGUUUGCCAGACAAACAGCGCUACUUCAAAAGAUAAAGUAAGAUUAUCUUCAUUUUCCCUGUUUCAGUAAAAUACAUCUCAUUUUUUACAACAAUCCCGUAAUUGUUUAGGGAUGAAAAUGUUUUAAAAGAAUGGAGACGGGAUAAAAGGAGUUAUAGCAAAGCUAUGGAAAAGGCAAUGAAAAGAAACGCAGGUACUAUAAAAAAAGA